CGCCUUUUGGCUUCGCAGGCUGGAAAAACAAAAAGGCGGCGGCGGCAGCAGCAGUCGGGACUGGGAUACGUCGGCACCUCUCCUGCCCGGCUCAAUGAAAUCGGAUCGGAAUAAAAAGUGACUUUCCUCCACUCCGGAUUUAAAGGGAAGGAAGGGGGAGGGAGGCGCGCGAAUCUUUCCUCCUGAGCGCUGCUGCUGCUUUUUUCGGUUCCCGAAGCUGCGCACCGAGAGUCCAGCGGGAGGCGGACCGGCGAGGCGCUAUGGCGAAGCUGGGGGGAGCCCAGGUGGCGGCGGCGGCGGGAGUGCUGCUACUUUUGCAGUGCUUGGCGGACCGGCUGCAGCUCGUCGGCGCCCUAAAGUCGAAGCAGAGUCACGGUGCAUUUUAUGAAAUUGUUCCAAGCUUUCCUCGAGUGGAGGAGAACAUUCGCGUGGAUUCCUACAGAUACAGCCACAGAUGGAAACGGCAUUCAGAGUUCCUCAAGUCAGUUGACACCAACAGAGCCAGUGUGGGGCAGGACUCUUCAGAACCUGGGGGCUUCACAGAUCUGCUGCUUGAUGACACACACGACAACACUACCCAGAUCGAGGAGGAUAUGGAUCACAAUUAUUAUACUUCAAGGACAUAUGGCCCAUUUGAUUCUACCAGCCGAGAUCUGUGGGUGAACAUUGACAAAAUGGAAAAAGAUAAAGUGAAAAUUCAUGGGAUCCUCUCCAACACACACCGGCAAGCUGCAAGAGUGAAUCUAUCGUUCGAUUUUCCAUUUUAUGGCCAUUUCCUACGUGAAAUUACUGUGGCAACUGGGGGUUUUAUAUAUACAGGGGAAGUUGUGCAUCGAAUGCUAACAGCUACGCAAUACAUCGCACCUUUGAUGGCCAACUUUGACCCUAGUGUGUCAAGAAACUCGACUGUCAGAUACUUUGAUAAUGGUACUGCAUUGGUUGUCCAGUGGGAUCACGUACAUCUACAAGAUAAUUACAAUCUGGGCAGUUUCACAUUUCAAGCAACACUUCUCAACGAUGGGCGUAUCAUAUUCGGCUAUAAAGAGAUUCCUGUCUCAGUGACGCAGAUCAGUUCAACCAAUCACCCUGUGAAGGUGGGCCUGUCAGAUGCCUUUGUGGUUGUCCACAGGAUCCAGCAAAUUCCCAAUGUCCGUAGAAGAACGAUAUAUGAGUAUCACAGAGUUGAGCUUCAAAUGUCAAAGGUUACCAAUCUGUCAGCUGUUGAGAUGAUUCCUCUACCCACCUGCCUCCAGUUUAACAGCUGUGGGCCAUGUGUCACGGCUCAGAUUGGCUUCAACUGCAGCUGGUGCAAUAAACUCGAAAGAUGUUCCAGUGGAUUUGAUCGUCAUCGGCAAGACUGGGUAGAUGGUGGAUGCCCUGAAGAGUCUAAAGAUAAGAUUUGUGAGAAGAAUGUAGACACGACGCAAAUCCCUCCUCAUACCACUACUGCUGCCCAGCAGACAACAAUGAGAUCCAGAGUUUUAACCACUACCAAAGGAGCCACGACAUCCCAUCUGCCAACUAGCCUACCCACAGAAGAUGAUACCAAGAUAGCUCUACACCUAAAAGACAAUGGAGCCUCAACAGAUGACAGUGCAGCAGAGAGAAAAAGCGGGACUCUUCACGCGGGUUUAAUUGUUGGGAUCUUCAUACUGGUCCUGAUUGUAGCAGCGGCAAUACUUGUGACAGUUUAUAUGUACCACCAUCCGACGUCAGCAGCCAGUCUCUUCUUUAUUGAGCGUCGCCCCAGCAGAUGGCCUGCAAUGAAAUUUCGGAGAGGCUCUGGACACCCUGCCUAUGCCGAGGUGGAACCUGUUGGCGAAAAGGAAGGCUUCAUUGUGUCAGAGCAGUGCUAGGCUUUCUAAGGCAGAUCACCAGUACUGGCCUACAGGUGUGAGACAUUUGCUCUGCCUCGGAUGAAAGAAAUGGAAAUCUAAGCUGCUGUAAACCCGAGAGAGACAGAAUGGAGUUCUGGAUAAACUUUCUCCAAGGAAAAGUGUCUAGGGUACCCGGUUACCCUUUCAAAUAUAUAUAUUUUUGCCCCCCUCACAGCAAAUCACCACACCAUGUUUCAGUAGCACCCCUCAGAAACACCUACAGUAGGAGAAUGAUGAACUUAAUUGCCAUGCUCUCUAGGUAUCAGAGAUGUAGAGUGAUUCGAGAUAUAAAGCUUUAGUUCAGAACAGUGCUUCCCUUCUUGAUCCAGCGAAGUGACGGUUUUUCUAUUCCAGCUGUUACCGGUGGGUUAUCCUUUCAGCCCCAGAGGCAAUGCUCCUCGUUUGACAAGGGUGCUGGUGAGAUCAAUCUGAUGCAGAUAGCAUAGCUGAGCAGUUUUCUACAGUUCAUGAGUAAUGCAAUUUUCAUUUCUAAAAAUAAAAUAAACUCCACCCACCCAAAUCCAGAAACAUGAUAUACAUCUGAAAACAGCAGGAGUCUUUCUUGUAUUCUGUAGGCUUAUAUCCCGUGAACUGCGAUUAUUAUUGUUUUGAUCACAACUAUAGUUCUAUAGUUGACAAAGCAUUAGAGAGUUGUCGU